AUGAAUGAAGUAGAAAUAGUAAAGGAAGUUAAAAGAUUAUUUUAUAAAAGCUUGUUUAAAGAGUGUAUUGAAACUUACAAUAACUAUUAAUAGGAAUACACUAACUUUUUGAACUUUUAAAUUGCUACUUUAUACAAAAGUUUAAGCUACUUUUACAUAGAUCAAUUUGAUGAAGUUUCAAAAAAUAUUAAUAGUUUAAUACUUAAAAGUGAGUAAAAAAAUAAUGGAUAAAUUAAUUAAUUCGAUUUGAUAAUUAGAAUAUUUUAUAUGCAAUAAAUGUUUGAUGAGAAUUUUUAUGCAGCAGAAUAACAAAACAUAAAAUUUAAAGAUUUAAUAGAUAAAUAUUAGCAGAAUAAAUCUUCUUAUGAGUUAAAAUAUGAUUCAAUCUAUUUAUUUGCAAAAGGUUUUUAUUAAUUUAUAGAUAAUUGGAGGAAUGAAGCUGAUUUAUAAUGUAUAUAAUUAAUGAAAGACUCACUGGCUCUUGACGAUUAAUACAAAUAAGAUAUCAAUUUCAUAAUUGGCUGGAUUUAUGCUUAAAAAGACUAAUAUGAUGAAGCACUUAAAUAUUUUUUAAAUUUAGAAUAAGAGAAUUCUGAUUACCCUGGUAUACUAAAUUCUAUUGGAGUAACUUAUUCUCGCCUAAAGUAAAGGGAAAAAGCAGAAGAGUAUUAUUACAAAUCUCAUAAUAAAUUUCCUAUGAACACCUUAUACAUAAAUAAUUUAGCUUAAUUUUAUAGCCAAAAUAAAAAUAUUGAUGAAUGCAAAGAAUUAUUUAUGAAAUCAUUAAAAAUCAAUCCAAAUAAAGUUCUAACGCUUUAUUUUUAUGGAUAUUUUCUUUGCAAGCAGAAAUAAUGUGAUGAGGGCAUGUAAUACUUGCUAAAAGGGUUAGAAAUAAAUCCGUAAUCAACAGAUAUUUGCAACGCUUUGGCUAAUAUUAACAAGGAGCUCUCAGAUAUAGAAAAAUCAGAGUUUUAUUACAAAAAAUGUAUUGAAUUAGAGCCUUUGAAUGGUUAAUUUUAUGAAGCCAUAGGAAUGUUUUAUAUAGAUGAAGGAAUGUUUGAUGAGGCGAUAGAUUAUUUUAAAAAGGCUCUUACUAUGAAAUUAUUUAGAGUAAAUUAUCACUCUACCUCGUCUAAUUUAGCAUACUGCUUAUAUGAACUUGAAAGGUGGGAGGAGUCACUUGAUUAUUAUAUUCAAUCUCUUGAUUAUCCAGUUAUAUUUGACACAACAUUAGACAUCGAAAGUAUAUGCUUUAUAUUAGAUUCAAUAGAAAUAAUAUCACUUAACAGAAAAAUUGAAAUUCUCAGUUUAUAUAAUAAAAACUUCUUAUCACGAUUAGAUUUGAUAAUAGAAAAGCUAGAGAAUAUUUAAAUAAAAUAUUUUCUAAAGUAAAAAUAAGCUUUAUUUAGAUAAUUUUUGUCAAUUGAAGCCUACUUAAAAUUUAUAUAACCAAAUCUUAUUUACAUGAAUGAGAUAUCUCACUGGGACUUAUAUAUUGAUUGA